AUGGAAUAUAGCUCAGCAGCAUGGUCCACUACAGCCAAGACCAACCAGCAAGCCCUCGACAAGGUACAGAACCAAGCACUGCGAAUCAUAACAGGGGCCACCAAGUCGACACCCAUUGCCUUCAUGGAAAAGCUUACUGGUAUACAGCCACUGCAUGAAAGAAGACAAACUAAAGUACUUCUACAGGCUGAAAAGUUCAAAUCCCUACCUGACCAUCCAAUAAAAGCUAGACUUACUGAAGGUACUAAAAACCGGCUGAAGAGAGGUAGCUUUGUACACCAAGUGAAGACACUUAACAGACAGUUUGCACAACAGCUGGACACUCAAACAACUCCACUCAGCUCUGAAGACAUUGUUAAUCCAACAGCAAAUGAUCUUUCAAAAGAUUUCCCAUCAGAUCUGUGGACACAUGUAUACACAGACGGAUCAGCUACUAGAGCCGUUGAAGACGGAGGAGCUGGGAUCCUCAUCAGAUAUCCAUCAGGCAGAAAUGAAACACACUUCAUGGCCACAGGAAAGAGGUGCAGCAAUUACAAAGCUGAGACAGAAGCACUCAUGAAGGCAGCCUCUAUGAUUGAGAACUCUCCUGAAGAUACCACCUCAGUAGUAUUCCUCACAGAUGCAAGAUCAGUCCUUGAAGCUCUGACAAACAACACCUUCCCAAAACUAGCUAAACUUAUGACAAGACUCAGCAAUAACCUCAAAAUAGCACUCCAGUGGAUACCUGCCCACUGUGGAGUGUCAGGAAACGAGGAGGCUGACCAACUAGCUAAACAGGGAGCAAAAACAGAGCAACCAAAUACCCAGGUUACAUACAGAGAGAAAGUCAGCAUCAUAAAGGCAAUCACCAGGCCCCAGCAAGAGCAAGAUGCUUAUCACCUGCUUAACAGAGCAGAACAAGUAGUGAUGGUUCGACUACGCUCAGGACACAACAGACUGAAUGCCCACUUGUACAGAAAAUACAAGCUGGUACCCUCACCACUCUGUCCAUGUGGAGAAGAGGAACAAACUGCUGAACAUGUUCUUCAAAGAUGCAAAAGACACGAUCAGGAGCGAGCUGCGAAGUGGUCCGAAGACACAACCCUCAACAGAAAACUGUAUGGAGGUCUGGAAGAUCUAAGACGGACUACAACAUUCAUUGCAGAAACUGGCAUUAUUGUGUAG